ACCAUUAUCCUCUUAACUCCGAGUGUCUCUGCCUUCUCUCCUCACCGCUUCGCUCAAAAACGCUCUCAAAUAAGAAGAAACUUUAAGUCUGGGGCUGAUUCGCGGACUUUGGCCAGCUGCUGUGGCGCUCCGUGGAUGCUGAAGUUCUCCAGAGUGGAUCGCGGGUGUCUGGGCUCCUGUGGGGCCGCGCAUGAGGAGCGUGUCUGAUCUGCAGCAGACAGUAAUCGCAUCAGACCGGCUUCACCGUGCAUACAAAGACCUGCAACAGUCUGGAUCGAAAAAACGCCGUGUUUUGUUAUUAAGGAGUUUAAAAUGAGGAAGAACUGCAUUUGAAACUCAGAUCGGGAUCUCAGAAGCAUAAAGGACUGAAAAUGCGCCUCCAGGAGAGAGUGAUGGUGCUUCUUGCAGUGGUGUGGAUGUGUAAUUUCGCUCUUUGCGCAAGAAAGUCAAGUGCACGCAAGUCAGAGAGGUUAAGUCCACCGCUGGACAUUCAGCUGGAGACGGUGAACUGCACUGCAUUCAGUGUCCGGUGGAAAAUGCCCCGUAGACACGUCAGCACUAUCACUGGCUACAAGGUGUUUUACACGGAGAUGAGGAAUAAUCGUCCGACUAGCAGUGCUGUUGCCCUGGAAGUCCCAUUGAGUUUGGAAAUGCUCACAACUGGACAGUUUGACGGCCAAGCCAGCUUUGAUGUGGUGAUCGGGAACCUGAAGGUGGCCAUGCAGUACCGUGUCAGUGUGGGGGCGUACGGCUGGGCAGGGGAGGGCCGACCCAGCAUGCCCCGGGACAUCAGCACUGGCUCUCUUGAAAAGUGCAUGCCUCCUGCACCUCCGACCCAGCCUAAAGUGGUCCCAGUGUCAGACACAGAACUGGCGUUGUCAUGGCAGCAUGGAGAGAGUGAAGGAAGUGCACCUGUGCUAUACUUCCUUGUGGCGUAUAUCAGUGUGGGGGCGUACGGCUGGGCAGGGGAGGGCCGACCCAGCAUGCCCCGGGACAUCAGCACUGGCUCUCUUGAAAAGUGCAUGCCUCCUGCACCUCCGACCCAGCCUAAAGUGGUCCCAGUGUCAGACACAGAACUGGCGUUGUCAUGGCAGCAUGGAGAGAGUGAAGGAAGUGCACCUGUGCUAUACUUCCUUGUGGCGUAUAUCAGAUCGGAGAUGGACACUGAGUGGACGCACAUCAGAGAGCCAGUAGAGUCAAACUCUAUGGUGCUCAAGGGUCUGAUUCCUGAGACGGAGUACCAGUUUGUCAUCAGAGCUGUGAACGCACACGGCAUCAGCCCUCCCAGUGCCAUCAACAACCCUGUGCACACUCUCGGUUCAGCAGAUAUAGGCAGUGGAGACUAUGACGUCUACAUCUCAAACUCUGACAGUAAAGAUGAGGACGGCUUUGAAAUCGAUGACUCAGAUUAUGACGUCUUCAUUGAGGAGGUAAAGUCGUUAACUAGCAGUAAGAAAAGCGGCAGACGGUCUCAGCUCCGCACCCACGUCGGGACUCCCAGAAACGGAAAUGUUAUUUAUAGGAUGCGUACACCUGCUUCCCAAAAUAUCAGCUUCACUCCAACUACAGCGGCAGCAUGGACCACAUCAACAACUCCUGUAACCACAACAAUGCUCACUAGCUCCACCUCCAGUACAACCACCACACCUGUUAUACUGACAGGCUCCGCCCCCACCACGCCUUCUCCCAGUCCGUCAAUGACGCCGUGGAAAGGGCAAAGACCCCGGGUCUAUGAUGUACCAUGUGACGAGACGGUCUGCCCCCCCGACAGCUUCUGCAUCAACGAUUACGACACUGGAGGCUCUCGAUGUCACUGCAACCUCGGUCACCAGGGAGACUUCUGCUCAGAAGGUCUGACGGUAAAUUUCCCAAAGUUCUAUGGCUACUCCCACAUGACGUUUGAACCUCUUAAAAACUCUUACCAGAGCUUCCAGAUCAGCCUGGAGUUUAAGGCAGAGGUUGAGGAUGGAUUGCUGUUGUAUUGUGGAGAGAAUGAACACGGUAGAGGAGAUUUCACCUCCCUGGCCCUCGUACGGGGAAAACUACACUACAGGUUUAACUGCGGUACGGGUGCAGCUCAGAUUGUAAGUGGCAGCUCCAUUGUGAUUGGACAGUGGCACAUGGUCACAAUAUUUAGAGACGGCAUGAAUGGCUGGCUGAGACUAGACAAUGACACACCGGUGUCAGGCCGUUCUCAGGGUCAGUACACUAAAAUAACGUUCCGCACGCCUUUGUUUUUGGGCGGAGCUCCGAAUGCCUAUUGGCUGGUGAGGGCGGUGGGCACCAAUCGUGGCUUUCAGGGCUGCAUGCAGAGUUUGACUGUCAACAGUAAAGCCAUUGACAUCCGACCCUGGCCUAAAGGAAAUGCACUGAGCGGAGCAGACAUUGAAUGUGGGAAUUAUUGCUUAAACACUGUCACUGAAUCUAUUGAGAUCCCUCAGUUCACAGGACGCAGCUAUCUGACAUACGACAACAGAGAUAUCCUCAAAAGGGUAUCAGGUUCCAGAACAAACAUGUUCAUGCGUUUUAAGAGCACGUCUAAAGAUGGUCUUUUACUAUGGCGGGGGGACAGUCCAAUGAGAGCCAACAGUGACUACCUGUCUCUCGGCCUUCAAGACGGAGCGCUCAUUUUCAGUUAUAAUCUUGGUAGCGGAGCCGGCACCGUGGUCAUUAAUGGCACAUUUAGUGAUGGCAAAUGGCACAGAGUGAAGGCUGUCAGGGAUGGACAGUCUGGUAAACUAACCGUUGAUGAUUACGGAGCUAAAACAGGCAGAUCUCCUGGAAAGAUGAGACAGCUGAACAUCAAUGGUGACCUUUACAUUGGGGGGAUGAAGGAGAUCGCGUUGCACACUAACAGGCAGUACAUGCGAGGUUUAGUGGGAUGCAUUUCUCAUUUCACUCUGGCCACAGACUACCAUCUGUCUCUGGUUGAUGAUGCAGCUGACGGCAAGAACAUCAACACCUGCACCAACUGAACACCUCAAAAACACCAGCUACAGAUCGUGACCAUCAGUAUCUGUGAUCCAAGAACAACAUCAUCAAAAUAACAACAAUAUCAGGAACACCAACAUCACUGACCUCAGCUGAGAAGCAACAAAUACAUUUGCAGUUGCAGCCAAAAUUAAUAUAUGCCCCAUUCAACCCUUCAAAAUCAUCAUAGUUAGUCAACAAUAAGCUAUAACGUAAUAAAAGAGCCAAACCUACAGCAUUUAGCUUGGAACAUUGUAUAUGUGGUGAGAUGAGGAUGAAAGUGUUUUCUUGUGAACCUUCCAUUAUACACCAAAUUCCUGCACCAACAGCAAGAGCUUCUGCACUCAGUGUAAUAACAAAACGGUUUUCAAACAUGUAGUUGAAUCACAGUAAAUAAAUGUUGUAAUAUUUCAUAAGCGAGCAUGCAUAUAUUUGAAGGCAAGCCCAGCUCAGAGGUUGUUUGUCCAUCAUGCAAUAUUUGAUCUUUUAAAGCAUACUAAACAUGUUUAUACGCCAAACUGUGUAUGUUUUCAAAUCUACAAGCCCUUUUUAUGGCACUUACUGUAUGAUUCUGCAACCAGUUCUUGUCCUUAGUCAGAUGGGUCCUCUUGUAUUAUUCUCUUCAAGGGCAAAGUUGAGGGACAAAUGAAUUUAUAUAAUUAUUGUUUUUUUUUAUACUAUUAAUUUUGAAU